CCGGAAUUAGCCUUUUGUUUACACAUGUCUUUGGCUUUAAGGGAUAUCGUUGAAACAAUCGUGAGGAGAAACUAAAGCAGCAGUGUUGGACUUUUACUUCAAAAUGCCCUUGUUUGGCAAUACUUUCAGUCCCAAGAAAACCCCUCCUAGGAAGUCUGCUUCCCUUUCCAAUCUACAUACAUUGGAUCGGUCAACACGGGAGAUUGAACUAGGUCUGGAAUAUGGAUACCCGAUGAUGAAUCUUGGCAGCCAGAACUUUAAAUUUGAAGAUGGCCAGUGGAUCUCAGAGUCAGGAGGUAAUGUAUCAGGAAAAGAGGUACAGCGACUGAAGAAGAGGAAUCUACAGUUAGAGGAGGAGAAUAAUCUGCUCAGGCUAAAGAUUGAGGUUCUUCUUGACAUGCUUUCGGAAUCAACCGCAGAAACACAUCUAAUACAGAAGGAACUUGAACAUGUGAGUAGAAGAAAGAAAUGAUGGAAGGAAAUAAAGGGGAUUAUCUCUUCUUUUUAAGUGUGUGUAUACAAUGAAUUCCCAAUGAAAUUAGAAGAACUAUUCUAAGACAAUGUUUAAAUAUAAGUUUCAUUUACACAAUUGAUUACUUAUCACACUUUGUAUAUUUCCUUUUUUACAUUUGCUGUUCCAAUGCCAAUUAUAUGACUGAACAA